AUGACGGAAGCUCACCUAUUCCCGGGUAGCGUCCCAGACUGGAGUAAUCAAAAGGUCAUCCACCGCAACACGCUGUAUCCAAGAAGCCAUUUCUACCUGUACGAUAAGGAAGAGGAUGCCUUGACCCGAGACAUCACAAAGGCCAAGGUCCAGUGUCUCUCCGGUACUUGGAAGUUUCACAUUUCCAAGUCGCCAUUCGAGGGACCCCGCAACUUCCACAGCAAGCACUUUGAUACCUAUGGCUUCUCCGACAUCAGCGUCCCUGGCCAUUGGCAGCUCCAGGACUAUGGAAAGGGCCCCCAUUACACCAACUUUGACUAUCCUUGGCCCUGCGACCCCCCCAACGUCCCAUACGAGGACAAUGAGUGCGGCCGCUACGUGACGCGUUUCCACGUCGGUGACCACCUCGAGAAGCACCAGCUCCGCCUUCGGUUCGAAGGCGUCGAUUCCGCAUUCACUGUCUGGCUCAACGGCGAAGAGGUCGGCUACUCGCAGGGCGCGCGAAACCCGAGCGAGUUUGACGUUACCAAGCUGAUUGAGCUCGGCCGCGAAAACGUGCUGGCCGUCGAGGUCUACCAGCGCAGCGACGGCAGCUACAUCGAGGACCAGGACGAGUGGUGGCUGAGCGGCAUCUUCCGUGACGUCUACCUCCAUGCCUUUCCCCUGGUCCAUCCCACGGACGUGUUUGUCACUACCGAUCUAGACGACAAGUUCAAGGAUGCCGCCCUCAACGUCAAGGUGGACACCAGCGCGGCCACGCGCGUCGAGCUGAAGCUUCUCGACCAUACGGGGAAAUCCGUUGUGUCGGACACCAAGCUUGUUGACACUUCUCACAAGUUCUCUCUGGCCGUCAAGGAUCCCAACAAGUGGACCGCCGAGACACCGUAUCUGUACACCGUCGUUCUCAACUUCCUCGACGGGCAGGGCUGCACCCUGGCCCAGAGAGUCGGGUUCAGAGUGGCCGGCCUGAUUGACGGCGUCUUCUGCGUCAACGGCAAACCAGUCAAGUUCCGCGGCACAAACAGACAUGAGCACCACCCAGACCAUGGCCGAGCUGUCCCUUACGAAUUCAUGCGGCAGGACUUGCUCACCAUGAAGCGCCACAGCCUCAAUGCCAUUCGCACCUCUCACCAAAUUAACGACCCCAGACUCUACGACGUUGCUGAUGAGCUCGGACUCUGGAUCCUCAACGAGGCCGAUCUCGAAUGCCAUGGUAUGUUUCGGCUCAGAGACAACGCUCUGUCCGACAGCCCAGACUGGACCGAGGCCUACGUCGACCGCGCAAGACAGAUGGUUUGCCGCGACAAGAACCACCCGUCUGUAGUAAUUUGGUCCCUGGGCAACGAGUCCUUCUACGGAAGAAACCACCAGGCCAUGUACGACUACAUCAAGAGCGUCGACCAGACACGCCUUGUCCACUACGAAGGCGACCAGCAAGCCAAAACUGUCGACAUCUUUAGCCGCAUGUACUCUGGGGUCGACUGGAUUGCAGAAUUUGCCAAGGAGCGCGAUUGGGUCAAGCCACUAGUCAUCUGCGAGUUUUUACAUGCCAUGGGUAACUCUUGCGGAAACGCCAAAGAGUAUGUUGAUGUGUUUUACAAGCACCCCCGUGUCAUGGGUGGCUUUGUAUGGGAGUGGAACAACCACGGGUUGCGCACACGAAGCAAGGAUGGAGAGGAGUACAUGGGCUAUGGAGGCGACUUUGGCGACCAACCCAACGAUAAGAACUUUGUCAUGGACGGCAUGAUGUGGUCGGACCAUGUUCGCGGCCCCAACUUGAUCGAGUAUGCCAAAGCCAUUGAACCUGUGCAGACCGUUUCGCUGCAGGGGAACGUCCUCACUGUUAUUAACCGAUACGACUUCCUUGGCUUGGAGCAUCUGGAAGCGACUUGGGAAGUCAGAGCGAAUGGAAUGAAGAACCUUGCCGUCGGUGAGGUGGUAAUCCCGGCUUCCGCCGAGCCUCAUUGUGAAACGACCAUCACUCUGGAGGGUUACAAUGCCGAGAUGGUCAAGAAACUAGGCGUUGAGUCCUAUGUUUUCGUCUCGUUCAGACUUCGAGAGGAUACGAACUGGGCAAGUGCAGGGCACCAGCUGGCAUUUGGCGAAAUCCAAAUCUCCAAGCCCGCUUCCAUUGCGGAGUCACUGCCCAUGCAGCUUACCUCUGCCAAGGCGCAUAUUCGCAAGGCAUCGGGCAAGGAGCUUCAAAUAACCUCUGCAAGUGGCUCCUCGAAAUGGACCUUUGACCUCGUCCACGGCACCCUGAACGGCUGGAGCAGGUCGGGCCAGCCCGGCUUGAAUCUGCUCACCGAGGGCUUCACCAUGGACUUUUACCGAGCUCAGACCGACAACGACAGCCAUGGCCAUGGCCGGAGAUGGAGUGACAGCCGUCUUCACCAAACAACCAUGAAUGUGCGGCAGGUCAAGUGGAUGCCCAUCUCUGGCGGCGCUCAGAUCGAGGUGACUGCCCGCAUCGCGCCGCCCGUGCUCGCCUGGGCCGUCGACACCGUCUUCACAUACACGUUCCGCGGUGACUUUGUGCACCUGCGCGUGCACGGCAAGGCCCACGGAAACGACCUCCCCGACACCUUUGCCCGGUACGGCAUCUCGGCCGGGAUCAAGGGCGUCGCGGACGCGAGCUGGUGGGGACGCGGUCCCGGCGAGUCCUACCGCGACAAGAAGCUCUCGCAGUCAAUCGGCAACUGGUCGUCGAGCGUGGACGGCCUAUUCGUGGACUACGAGUUCCCCCAGGAGGGCGGCAACCGGACCGACGUCCGGCAGGUCGAGCUGCGCGGCGAGGGCGGCGCGCGGAUCCUGCGGGCCAACUUUGGCGCGCAGGACGGCGCGAGCUUCAACGCCCUGCGCUACGCGACCAUGGACGUCGACGCCGCGCAGCACCCGUACGAGCUGCGCCGGAAGAGGAGGAGCGACUGCGUGGCCAGGUUCGACUGGCUGCACCAUGGCCUUGGCGGCGCGUCGUGCGGCCCCUGGACGCUCCCGCAGUACUGUCUGUACACGAACCGGGAGUUUGACUUUGAGGUUCUGCUGGAUUAG